AUGUGUGAGAUAGACGGGUGUGAGACAGACGAGUGUGAGAUAGACAAGUGUGAGAUAGACGGGUGUGAGAUAGAAGGGUGUGAGAUAGACAAGUGUGAGAUAGACGAGUGUGAGAUAGACGAGUGUGAGAUAGACGAGUGUGAGAUAGACUGGUGUGAGAUAGACGAGUGUGAGAUAGACAAGUGUGAGAUAGAUAAAUGUGAGAUAGACGAGUGUGAGAUAGACGAGUGUGAGAUAGACAAAUGUGAGAUAGACAAGUGUGAGAUAGACGAGUGUGAGAUAGACUGGUGUGAGAUAGACGAGUGUGAGAUAGACAAGUGUGAGAUAGAUAAAUGUGAGAUAGACGAGUGUGAGAUAGACGAGUAUGAGAUAGACAAAUGUGAGAUAGACGAGUGUGAGAUAGACAAAUGUGAGAUAGACAAGUGUAAGAUAGACGAGUGUGAGAUAGACUGGUGUGAGAUAGACAAGUGUGAGAUAGACGAGUGUGAGAUAGACGGGUGUGAGAUAGACGGGUACGGGUGUGAGAUAGACGGGUGUGAGAUAGACGAGUGUGAGAUAGACAGGUGUGAGAUAGACGGGUGUGAGAUAGACGAGUGUGAGAUAGACGGGUGUGAGAUAGACGGGUGUGAGAUAGUCGAGUGUGAGAUAGACGAGUAUGAGAUAGACGGGUGUGAGAUAGACGGGUGUGAGAUACACGAGUGUGAGAUAGACUAG